AUGGCCCAUCAAGCACACGCAUACCACAUAGUUGACCCCAGCCCCUGACCCCUAACAGGCGCAGUAGCUGCCCUCUUAAUGACCUCAGGUCUUGCAAUCUGAAUACACUUCAACUCCGUUACUCUAAUGUCUUUAGGACUUGUUCUACUCCUCUUAACCAUAUACCAGUGGUGACGGGACAUUGUCCGAGAAGGAACCUUCCAAGGCCAUCAUACUCCCCCCGUUCAAAAAGGCCUCCGAUACGGUAUAAUUCUAUUUAUUACAUCAGAAGUUUUCUUCUUCCUCGGAUUCUUCUGAGCCUUCUACCACUCAAGCCUCGCCCCAACCCCCGAACUAGGAGGCUGCUGACCCCCAGCCGGCAUUACUACACUUGAUCCCUUUGAAGUCCCCCUUUUAAACACAGCAGUCCUUCUAGCCUCUGGCGUAACGGUAACCUGGGCACAUCACAGCAUUAUGGAAGGUCACCGAAAACAAGCAAUCCAGUCCCUCACUUUAACCAUUCUGCUUGGCUUCUACUUUACAAUUCUCCAAGCAUUAGAAUACUAUGAAGCCCCAUUUACGAUUGCAGACGGGGUCUAUGGCUCCACCUUCUUUGUUGCCACAGGCUUCCACGGUCUCCACGUAAUUAUCGGAUCUACUUUCCUGGCCGUUUGCCUUCUUCGCCAAGUCCAAUAUCACUUCACAUCAGAACACCACUUCGGCUUUGAGGCCGCUGCCUGAUACUGACACUUCGUUGACGUAGUGUGAUUAUUCUUAUACAUCUCUAUCUACUGAUGAGGCUCAUA